AGAUGAAGUCGGCGACGGGAAAUCAGCCUGAACGGUGCAAUUUGGGAUGUAGCGGUUGUUUCCGGCGUCGAAGAUGGAAUCCCCAAAUAUGAAAAUUGCCGGAAUUUUAGAUCCGAUGGCGGAAGCUGCUAGAAGAAAUAGACUUAGGGAGACGAGCAGCAACUGCCUCUCCAUUUUUUACGAGUGAUUUUGUAGAAAUUAAAUCAAUCGAUUAGUUGAGCAAAGUUGUUGUGAAUUUUGCACAUACAUAGAGAGAAAGGGGUGUUGGGAAAAGGAGGAAGACGACAUAGCAGCAGCACUAACUAAAUGCAUGCAUGGCUUCGAUCAGCAAUUUUUAUUAUGCCAACUCUUCAACGGUUCAACAGCAAUUUUUUGUAGUUUCCUUAUUAUUUGAAUCUCCUGUUUACUAAAUACUAAAACUUGAUUAGUUAUUUAUAUUGCUUUCUGUACAAUAUGAGAAAAGAAUCGAUGUUGAUUUCCAAGAAAACUACUUUGAACCAAAUGGUAAAGAGUAGUCUAUUUGACGUGAGACUAACCUUUUUUUGUUCGCCUUACUUUCCUAGUAUCUAUUUCCAUUCAAAGCAAAAUAUUUCAUUUUCAGCAUGAAAACCUAUGUACUAGUACUAUUGUUUAAUGUAUUAAGUGGAUUAAAAAAUGUCACAGAAAAAUGUUUUCAUUUUUAUAAGAAUGUCCAUUUGCAUGAAACAUUGGUAAAAAUAUGUUAAUUUGAGUGGAAUAAAGUAAGUAUUUUUUUUACUACCGGAUCAAAAUUGGAACACCAACAUAUGAGUUAAGGAGGGUUAUGUGGAGGAUUUGCCAAUGUGUAAGGGUGUAGGACCUAGGGUGUAGCCUAUGUUUGCAAGAGGCUGACAGAGGUAGCCGGUAUUCUACGUAAACCGGUGUCUAACCAUAACCUUGAUUUUAGUUUUCUCGAAAUCAAAACUGCUUAAACAGGUGUCUAACCGUAACCUUGAUUUUGGUUUUUCACAAAAUCGAAACUGCUGGUUUCCGUAGGUUCACAGCUAGGCGUGUAUGUAUUCAAUUUCAGGCCAUACAUAGUAUGCAAAAAAAACAAGAAAACUGGUUUAAUAUCAAUUUUUUAAAUUGUUUCGAAUUAUAAAUUUUCUAUACUAUUUUUAUAAUACAGACGGACAUGUCUGCAAAACACUUGUCAAAAGAGUGAUAUGGAAGUGUUCACCGAGGGCGAGGUCAGAUGAAUAGGUUAGCCAGUUACAUGGACUUUGAUUCCUCAAUACAAUUAAGAAUACGUAGACAAACACUUGUCUUAUAGUUGCUAAACAAAGAAAAGAUGUGAAGAGGAAAAAAAAUAAAAAGUCAUAAACAGAGGUGGGCCUAGACUUUUGGAACCCAUAUUCUAUAUUCGGGAUUUAUGGAGGACUUAGUUGCAGCGCAGCGCAGCGCGACGAUGGAUGCAAGAGUGUUGUGGUGUGUGCGAUGCGCCUUGAUGAGAGUGUAAUGCAGCGUUUAAAGGAGAAGUACUAAUGAAAAUCUUAAUUAUUUUUAAUUAACUAUUACUCCUGAUUAUAAAAUUAUUAAUUCUAGGAUUCUUUCCCGCCGCCCCUUCUAGGUCCGCCAAUAGCCCACUCCUCAUACGCUAACUAACUAGCAUUUCCAGAGCAAAUGAUAAAAAAAUUUUAGAGGCUUUUACUUUUCUUUUUCUUUUUUUUUUGACCAAAUCAUAAAAUUUAUCUAUCAAUUCUUCUUCAGUCAAACAACCGCCAUAUGCAUUAUGAUGGAUUGAACUAUCAGCUAAGGUCAGACGUCUCUCUCUCUUCGACAAAUAAUACAUGAAUUUACUCGUAAUGAUAUUUAUAAAUAGCUAAAACACUUGGUAUUAUUCUAUUGGUAUUAUUCUAUUACUAGUUGAUGCUUUAUUAUAAUUGAAGCACAAAUGUGAAGCGCAUGCAGAUUGUCUAUAAAUAACUACUCCACAACACAACCCCAUGCAACAGACGCUUACACAAACAUGGCUCAGUAUUAUGCUACUCUUCAUUGCUUCCAACACCCUCGGACUUGUGUCCGAAUCACAUCCAGCUCCCUAACGGAUUCAAACCGCAGAACAGAGCUGAAUAUGGGCAGCCCAACUAAGGAAAGCUCAUUGUUAGGCCUCUACGCCAUGAAUGGUGGAGGGGGACAGUAUAGCUAUGCACAAAACUCUUCUUACCAGAGAGGAGUAAUAGAUGUUGCAAAGCCAGUAAUUGAAGAAGGAAUAGCAGCCAAACUUGAUAUUAGACACCUCUCUUCAACCCAAACAUCAACUUUCCGGAUUGCUGAUUUUGGCUGUUCAACAGGAAGGAACUCAUUUCCUUAUAUUCAGAUAAUCACUCAAGCCAUUGAGAAGAAGCUAAUAGCAGAAAAAGGGCGAAUUACCCAAAUCCCCGCGUUUCAUGUGUUCUUCAAUGAUCAGCUAAUGAACGAUUUCAACACCCUUUUCCGAUCACUCCCACCCCAAAUAAAUUUUUAUGCUGCAGGAGUGCCUGGUCCUUUUCAUGGUCGCCUUUUCCCCAAGGCAUCCCUUGAUUUUGCUUACUGCACUUGUGCCCUUAACUGGCUUUCUCAAGUGCCAAAGGCUGUGGCAGACCAUAUGUCUCCGGCAUGGAACAAAGGCAAGGUUCACUACACAGGGGCCAAACAAGAAGUUAGUGGAAUAGGGGUCCCUGCAAAUUUGAAAGAUUUCCAAUGGUUGAAGGUAUUGGGCCUGAAAUAG